AUGGUCACUCAUUGCCACAAGACGGCAGGUAGCCGUCGCGUCUGGAGGCGCGUGGCAGUCGCUGCUGCCGCCGCCGCUACUACCGCAGUCGCUCUGCUCAACUGUUCCCUCAGGGUCGCCUCCGCCUCUCCUGAUGCACACUGCUACGAGAACAACACGGAUUAUCGAGGCUCUGAUGUCGAGAAGGUCGAGACCGGAUCUGUAUCUUCGUUUUUGUCUUGCCAAGAACUUUGCGCGGAGCAUCCACAAUGCUUCUUCUGGACCUGGGAUGCAGCCAACAAGAACUGCUACUUGAAGGCAGAAGCUGCUGCAGCAUCGCGGGUCACCGGCUCUAGCGCUGUUGGCCUCGUCUCGGGCCCAAAGAGCUGCCUUUCAUCAGCUCCGUCAGUGCCCGUCUGCUUUCGGCUCGAUACAGACUAUUUCGGCUACGAUAUCGUAAAGGUCGAGGAUGGCAGUAUAGCGGGCCCAAACGCAUGCCAGAUCGCAUGUCAAGAGACAGCAGGGUGCCAGUACUGGACCUUCGUCAGCCAGACAUCGGCCUGCUACCUGAAGGACAGCCGAGCGUUACUGGGAUACAAGCAUGGCGCAGACACUGUCGGCAUGAUCUCCGGCCCUCGAGAUUGCCUGCCUCCAAUUUCAGGUGCUUGGUACGAGCUGAAUGUGGACUACUUCGGGCACGACGUGCAGAAGAUUGAGACUGGGCAGGUGACCACCGCAACAAUGUGCCAUGAGUUGUGCCGUGGGAAAGAGGCUUGCUUUCAUUGGACCUGGGUCAAACAGACACAAUCGUGCUACCUCAAGGGCCCAUGCGGCGGCGCUAGCUUGCGCGUCGCCGGCAUGCGGGGACGUCUCGGAUUCCGGAUUCGCUUCCGGACGUGGCUCUGGUGCGUCUUCCUCGUCCUUAAUCGCAAGUCCUUCCCCAUGUGCACCGCUCAGGAUAAGAUGUUGUGCUUCCUGAAGAACGCACUGGCGCCAACUUCUAGAGUCCCCAGACAGUCAACAGUAUCCGGCCCAAAGUUCUAUGAGGGGCCAAGUAUGCCUCCACCUUCGCUUCCUGAGGAGCCGAUGGAGUCCUGUUUUAAGACAAACGUUGAAUUUACUGGAGUAGAAAUUCAGUCGCUUGUCACCAACGCCGCAUCCCAGUGUCAAUCGGCAUGCCAAGCCAAUAUUUUGUGCUCGUUCUUCACUUUUUACCGCCACGAACGCCGCUGUGUUCUCAAGUCCUCCGAAACAGGCAAGCCGUUGAGAGAACUGCCUGUCGGUUUUGCAAUAUCGGGGAUGAAAUUCUGCAGCUCCAACGACACCCAUGACUCUGUUCCUCAGUGCGCUGUGUACAACACAGAGUACCUCGGGCAAGAAAGUGGUUCUCAGGCGACGACGAGUUCGGCACUCCAUUGCCAGGCGCUGUGCCAAAACAGCUUGGCGUGCAAUUUCUUCACCUACCAUUCACAGGAUGGGCGGUGUGUGCUCAAGCAAUUUCCGUCUUCUUCCACAGAGCUGCAGGCCGUGCCACGUGGCUUCGCGAUUUCGGCUACGAAAUACUGUGACGCGCCUGAGACUGACGCCCCUUCCUGUGCCGAACGGGAUAUGGAGUACCUUGGCAGCAUUAUCAGUAACGUCAUAGCCGCAUCGGCCACGAACUGCCAGGGGCUCUGCAAGGAAAAUUCAGAGUGCGAUUUCUUCACAUUCGAGGGCUUGUCAAGCGCGUGCAUUCUGAAGAAGGCGUAUGCAGGAGGGGAAGACAAAUUAUACAAACUGCCCAAGCCUUUCGCAAUGUCAGCCACAAAGGAAUGCACGUCGCCAGGAACAGAUCCCGAAUGCGCGGAGAAUAACACUAUGUACCUGGGCAUCGACACCGCACCAAUCAUCAUCGUGGAAACAUCUUCGGAAUGCCAAAAACUCUGCCAACAGUUCGCCGACUGUGAGUACUUCGCGUUUAACACAAUGGAGAAGCGAUGCCGUCUGAGAAGGCCCGAUGCUGCAUGCUCGACGGUACAGAAACUCCCAUUCCCUGGCAUUGUGUCUGGACCGAAGUACUGCACAACUCCUAGCGAGCCAUCCGUGGACCAGUAUGCGGAGCUGGACGUGGAACUGAAGAACCACAACUUGUCUACCUCUCCUGUUGCCGCACAGAAUACUGCUUCUUGCCUUGAAUCAUGUAAUGACGAACCAGAAUGCUAUUACUGGACGUUCUACUCUACAGUUGACGAAUCUAUGGCUUGUCAUCUCAAGAGCGCUGGCGCUCUGGACGGGAAAGCUAGUUUCGCCGGAGCGGUUUCCGGCUCGAAAGGAGUCGUCAUCACAGUCGAAGUCGAGACUGAAUAUGUCGACGCAAACUUGCCAAAAGACCCAGUGACGGUAACGUCGUUUCGAGAAUGCCAAGAAGCUUGCUCACACGUGCCCGAAUGCGGAUACUGGACGUACUACUCUAAUCGCGACGUAAACUGUUACCUGAAAGAUUUCACAGCACUAGAAUCAAAGAGGACGAAUGCUGAUGGGAUAUCAGGAAGCAAGUACUCUGUUACGGGAACUCCGCCGCGUAUGUACCUCGAUGAUCGAAGGUACGGGGCACGUGUGGUCACCGUCCGAGCAGUAAUGGCAACCGCGCUUACAGCCACAAGUGCCAAAGGUUGCCAGGAAAAGGCACAAGCAGACCCGCAGAAUCCAUAUUGGUCGUGGAACAAGUUCGACCAGACCUGCAACCUGUACGGUCCUGAAGUGUUGGGACAAGACACAUAUGACUACGAGUGGGUGUCGGGGUACGCUGAAUCCGAAGACACAUCCUAUCCCAGCGAGGCAUAUACCUACGGCCAAGGCGUGAAUUUGCUUCGGCUUGACGCAUUCGAAAUAACGGUGGCUAGCUCACCUGCAGCUUGCGCAGAAGCUUGUGCCAGCACGAAACUCUGUCGCGUUGCGUCAUUCGCGCGGGCUCCCAGUGAUGGGACACCAAACUGUUACCUUGGACGCCUGGGUGCGCAGCGAACAGUACCGUCCAAGGAGCAUGUCGCCGUGGUACAACAUGAGCUUGUUCUGCAAGUGGGAACGAAACCUAGCAGCGGCGCUACUCACCAACAACCUGACAGCAACAUGUCCCAGUGCAUAGAGCUGUGUGGCCGAUCUGAUCGGUGCAAACGGUGGUCACUUGAUUUAUCCACCGGCACCUGCUAUCUCUACGACAAAACUGAUGCUGGUGUUCCUGAUGCAUCGUAUGUGACGGCGGAUGUUGGCAUUCUGUUGGAGGAGAUUGAGGAAGCGAUAUUGGUCGACACAGCGCUUAUUCCGGUGGCCGUCGACAAGGUCGUCAAGCCGAUAAGCGACUGCGCUGUGCAUUGCCAGCACAGUUUUUGCCUUGCUUACUCUUACAUCGUGGCUGGAGCGGGAGCCAGUGACAACACUUGCUACCUCGGGGGGAUAGGGGACGCCGCGGAUCUGCAGCGAUUCACAAAGACGUUGAAGGGCAGUGUACUGGUUCGCACUCAAUCCCGUUCGGUGCUGGCAGAGCUUGCCUUCGCCGGAGAACCUUCUGCCUCAAGAAGGGACCAACUCAACACGGCAGUAUCUUGCGCGACAGCUUGCUCUAAUGCUGGUGAUUGCGAAGCGUGGACCUUCCGAGGAGAUGAGAACAGCUGCGAGCUAUUCUCGAGUGUCUCAACCGCUGUCGCUGGUUCCUCUCAUGUUGUCUCCGGCACCAAGCAGGCCGAUGGUGCAGCCCUUGAGGCAUCACCGAUCAAGAUGUUUAUGGCGAUUGCUACGAGCUGGACAAACACAGUGCUUGCACAACAAAGCGUGCAAAGCGAAACGGAGUGCGAGAACCUUUGUGCCGACACACCAAACUGCGUCCAGUGGUCUACGACGACGCUAGACGACGGCACCCUGGACUGUGUCGCUGGUUCGUGGAAUGCGGUUCUCGAGGCCAACAACAACGCCCGCACGUCGGUACUGAGUUCCAGGUUUUUCACGCCUUUCAUGGAACUCAAAGCUGUGUAUGGCACUUACCAACGUCCGGUAGCUCAAGAAUCGUCGGCGCCGUCUGUCAUCGAAUGUCAGAAGGACUGCGAGGCGGACGAGCUUUGCGUGGCAUGGUCGUAUAACUAUACAGAGGAAACGGAUACAUGCAAGCUGAUACAGGAACCUGCAUUCCAGCGGACCGCCGGCACAGGCGUCAUUUUAGUGGAGCUCGGCCAUAGGUUUUUGAAGCCUUUCCAGCUUCUCUCCGGAGAGUUAGAAGAUAUUAUAGAUACAGUGGAAGGUUCUGCCACGAAGCAAGAUCUCUGUGAAUGCUUGACUACAUGCUUCGACAAUGUCAAGUGUGCUGCUUGGGCGCUGGAACUGACUGAGGCCGGCUCAACCUGCACUCUGUAUUCUGCGUUCAAAAAAGAGUCGGCUCCCGGACUUGGCAUAUCUGGCACUCGCCGCGAUGCCGCUUCGUGUGAGAGCGAUAUAGCAGAUCGUCUCCUCUUGGAAGAGCCGAUCAUGAUCGACAGCGAGGGAACUCUUGAAGAUAUUUUUAAGGCUGCAUCGUCUCAUUCUUCGUACACUGUUGGCGUGUCCUUGGUCACGCCUGCGGCCGAGCCUCCGAUGUACAAACUGGCCAAGGCCCUCGGACAUGAUGAAGUGUCCGACAGCGCGGCGGCGGUCGUAGUCCACUACGUUGAGUAG